AUGGCACCCCUCGCACACGCUUCCCGCACCUGCCUGCGGCAACUGGCGCGCAGCACCCCGUCCGCCACGGCUGCUCGCGCCCUCAGCACCUCGGCCGCCCGGAACGACGCCACGGCCACGAGCUACUCGAGCCCCUUCAAGGGCGCCCAGAAGGGCAACCAGAUCCCCGACUUCAGCAAGUACAUGAGCAAGGGCUCCGCCUCCAGCAACCAGCUUUUCGGAUACUUCAUGGUCGGCACCAUGGGCGCCAUCACCGCCGCCGGCGCGAAGUCCACCGUCCAGGAGUUCCUCGUCAACAUGUCCGCCUCCGCCGAUGUUUUGGCCAUGGCCAAGGUCGAGGUCGACCUCAGCGCCAUCCCUGAGGGCAAGAACGUCAUCAUCAAGUGGAGAGGCAAGCCCGUCUUCAUCCGCCACCGCACCCAGGCCGAGAUCGACGAGGCCAACAAGAUCAACGUUGCCUCCCUCCGUGACCCCCAGUCCGACGACGACCGUGUCAAGACCCCCGAGUGGCUUGUCAUGUUGGGUGUCUGCACGCACUUGGGUUGUGUCCCCAUCGGCGAGGCCGGUGACUACGGUGGUUGGUUCUGCCCCUGCCACGGUUCUCACUACGACAUCUCCGGCCGUAUCAGAAAAGGACCCGCCCCCCUCAACCUCGAGAUCCCCGAGUACGACUUCCCCGAGGAGGGCAAGCUGGUCAUCGGUUAA